AUGGGGGCAACGAUGAAGACAUUGGAAACGCAAGUGGAAAAAUUGACCAAUACUAUGAAGAAUCAAAUGUCAAUAUCUUUUCCUAGUGGCAGAGAGAAUAAAUCAAAAGUGUGUAAUGUCAUUGCCUUGAGGAGUGGAAAAGAACUAGAAGUUUCUAGUGUUGAAAAGGAAAAUGUUGAGGAGAUCUCUAAGAAGAACGAGAAUGAAGAAGGCAAGGCAAAAAAGGAUACUUUAAAGAAAGAGCCAUCGAUGGCGAUUGAUGAGCAAUUCAAGAUGUUCCUAAAUAUUUUCAAGAAAAUCCAUAUAAAAAUUUCUUUUGUUGAUGCUCUUGUGAACUAUGCUAAGUUUAUGAAGGAUGUGAUAUCUAAGAAGCGUAAGUUAGAGGAUUAUGAGGCAGUGAAGCUAACAGAAGUGUGUAGUGCCAUUAUCAAGAGACAACUACCGGAAAAGUUGAAAGAACUUGGAAGCUUUACUAUUCCAUGUGUGAUUGGUGAGAUACAUAUUGAGAAGCCCAUGUGUGAUUUGGGUGCUAGUAUCAACCUAAUGCCUCUCUCUAUCUUUUAG